AUGCGCAGAGCGGCGCCGGUGACGCUGCGUCGCGUCGCGUUGUGUCUCGCUGCGCGCUCCACGUCGCGGGGCGGAGCUGCAGCAGCAGCAGCAGCGGCAGAUUCGGCGUCGUUGUCGUCGCCACAUCCUCCCAGCGACGCAGCGUCGUCUUUGUCCUAUGUGUUCGAAUGCAUUGAGAGUAAAAACUACGAUGCGGUGGCGCGUUUCUAUGACACUGCGUUUGACGCCGAAAGCACGUCGUUGUCUGAGUUCGCGGGUGGCGCGUGCCGGGCGCGUGAUAUGGCGCUUGCUCUCAUGCGUGUCUUCACGGCGCUUGGCCGCAUGGACCGCGUGCGUGAAGUCUUCGCUGUGGGUCUGCGGGACCUUGCGCCAGUGUCGGCACUACCAUCAUCAUCAUCAACAGCAGCUGCAGCAACGCCAGCAGUAAAGGCAGAGCGGGUUGACGGUGAAGGACGAGGCAAAUGCAUUUCUAGUGUUUCUCUUCUUAACGCAAGUUUGUUCAAUGCCUACCUGGAGGUGCUCACGCAGCGGAAGAACUUUGCGAGCGAGGAGGUGCUGUUUGUGCUGCGGGAGAUGCGGAUGGCGGGUGUCGUGCCCGAUGCACUGACGUAUCACUUCCUUAUCGAGCUGCAUAUUCGCAUGGGCGUGGACCCCGUCGGACUGUGGGGCGACAUGCGCCGCAAUCCGGCGCUGCAGCCUCUGCCCUGCACGAUCCAUGCUCUCCUGCUGCAGGUCGUGCCGUCAUCACCUGAUGCGGCGUUUGUGGUGGAUGUCACGCGCGAGGCGCUCCGCCACGGGAACAGCGUGGUGGACAAACGGUUGCUCUCACAGCUAAUGGAGCAAUGGCUUCGUAACACGCAAGACUACCCACCAGAGUACGUCCUAUGGCUUAUGUUUGAGCUGGAGCUGCGCUGCGUCCUGGACAAGGCCUCAUUUGUGCAGUUUGUUCAGAAGCAGCACGUGGCGGAGCUCCUGCAACGCUGUGCAAAAUGCGCAGACGCCGAUACGGGCGCGAAGGUUCUGGCGAUGAUGGACCGGCACGUCAUAACGAAGACGGCGGAUGUUCUCAGCCUCGUCGUGUGGUGCUUGGCGCAGGCGUUGCAGCUGGAAAAGGCGUUUGAUCUGCUGGAGCUGAUGGCGAGAAAAGGUCACCUGGAGCUGACGGACGCAUUCAAGAAGUACACUGUGGACUGUCUACGCCAGGUGAUGGACCGACACUUCAUGAUGGCGCUGGCCGACGCGAUCAGCACCACCGAUCUGCUUGACCGCACGCUGCUGCACCUGCGUAGCCGUCGCCGUCGCAGGCAAACGGUGUCGGUGCAUGCGCUUGACAUUGUUGUGCUCGCGGCGGCGAAGCUGGGCGAGGACCGGCGUGCCAUGAUGCUCGUAUCCAGCUACAUUGCGGAGUGGGGCAUCGAGCCGCGCACCAACACAUACAACUGCCUGCUGGUGGGCCUCGCGGCGCGGCGCGGGGUGGCGCUGCAGCGAGCGGUGUAUGAUGCCAUGCUGGAGAACGGCGUGGCGCCCAACGCCUUCACGUUCCGCGUGCUCAUUCGACAGGCGGUGCUCGCCGACAGCAUCGACGAGGCCAUGGAGUUCCUGCAGAAAGUCACCACAUAUGCGGGGCUGCGGCUUGAGGUGGAGAUGGUGCUGCCCAUCAUUGAACGCGCCGCACGUGCCGGCGACGCGGACACCGUGAACCGCGUGAGUAAAUUCGCGCUUGACUGUGACCUCGGCAUUGACGGGGCAGUGCUGAGCAGCGUGAUCAAACUGCUGGCGGAGGCGGGGCAGGACGUGGAGGUGAUUAAGGGGCACCAGCCGCUUCACGAGGCGCUGCGGUCGCGCUCUAAGACGGGCCGGCAGCGGGCGCGAAAUAACAUUAUUGCGUGA